AAGGAAGGAAAAGAAAGGCUGAAAUCCAAGGAAGGAAAGGACCGUCUUCCCUUCCCUUCCCUUCCCUUCCCUGCCUUGCGCCGGCGGUGCCCAUCCAUCAAUCGACGCCCGCGGCCGACCGCUCCCCACCGCCACCGACCGCUCCCUGCCGCCAAAGUGCAGGAUCCGUUUCUGCCAUGGGUGACUACACAAUCCAGAUCAGCACCAAGCUCAUCGACCAGCUCGCUCGCGACGAUGAGAAGGUGAAACGGAAAGCCAGGAAGCCCAAGCCUAAGAAGAAGACCACUGUGGUACACCAUGAGGAGACCCGGGAGGAAAUUCCAAGUGAACCCAAGACAAGCAGCCCUGCUCCUGGGUGGCCUCUGCAGCCUCCCCCCAUGUUUCUGCCAGUGACCCCUGCUCCUCUUCCACCACCACCAGCUGCUGCUGCAGUGCCAGAGGUGGAAGCCAUCCGUGCUCUCCUGAAAGAAAGCGAGAUGGUUCUGGAGAAACUGGAGAAGCAGGAGGCCGGAGCGCGCGAAGAACUUAGCAAGAGAGCAAAGGAGCUGCACGACAAGGAGUUCAAGCUGCCAUACCAGAGCCCCAUGCCAUGCGCCCAGGAGAGAGCAGGCUGCCUCGAGUGUUACAAGAGCAAUGCAAAGGACCCGCUCAAGUGUGCUGAGGCGGUCAAGAGAUUUGAAGCAUGCGCUCUCCAGGCUAUGAAGAGUGCCAGUGUGAAAGCGGAUUAGUAAGUAUCCCAUGAAUCUUUGUGAGUCGGGGUGAUUCUGCCUUUUCGUUUUCUCUAUUGAGGUGAUUCAAUAACCUGGAUUUUUCAUGGGACCCGGAAAACAUCGUUGUAGAUUUCUAAUGGCAUUGCACUGGUCUAAAAAGUGAGGCCGCGUAUCCUUGAGUUUAGGUGUUCCAUGUUUACAUAUGUUUGGCACAAAUGAAAGAUAAAUUGCUUGCGCCAUGGUUUUUGUCUGAAUGAUAUCAUGACUGAGAUUGGUAUCCACUACCUGAACUGCAUAUCGUUGCCUUCUGGGAACCCAUGUUCCAGCUAUUGUCA